AUGACGCAAGACGAAAUUUACUGCGAGAAGCUAUUUGAGCGUACAGUGUGUCGCGAUCUUUCCGGGCGCUAUCACGUUCAAUAUCCCUUUAAGGAGUCCUGUGACCUUGCUGCUCUAUCCGAUUCUAAAUCAGAUGCCCUUCGACUAUUCGCAUACCAACAAGCGCGCCUUCAAAACAAUGCCACACUGAAUGAAAUGUAUACAGCGUUUAUGGCUGAGUACAGAAAUCUUGGUCAUAUGGAGCCAGUCCUAUCUGACGAUUUUGCGCAUCCAGUAUGUUACAUUCCUCAUCAUGGUGUGUACAAAAAGGGUAGCACUACGACGAAGCUUCGCACUGUAUUUAAUGCUUCAAGGAAAUACAAAGGUGGAAUUUCUCUAAACGACUGUCUUCAUGUUGGACCCAAGCUGCAGAGCGACUUAAGCUCCAUCAUUUUAAAAUGGCGAAUGCGUCGAGUUGUGUUCAUAGCGGACAUUGAAAAAUGUUAUCGCCAGAUUUUAGUCAGCAGACCUGAUGCUGAUAUGCAGCGGAUUGUCUGGCGUGACAAACAGGGCAAUCCAGCCAUUUACCGGUUGCUCACUGUAACUUACGGCUUAAAUUGUUCGCCCUAUCUCACCAUUAAGGUUCUGCACACGCUUGCUACGGAUGAAGAACACGAUUUUCCGGCAGCAUCAAAAAUAUUAACGGAGUCAUUUUACAUGGAUGAUUGCCUGCAUGGUGCCGCAACCGUGGAAGACGCUCUGAAUAUUCAACGCCAUCUACAACAGCUUUUGCAGCGCGGCGGAUUCAACCUUCGGAAGUGGAUGUCCAACUCUACUGAAUUUAUGCGCCAUCUGUACACUGAAGACGAAAACCUUGGGCUGUCCCGCAACUUAAAUCUUGAUAGCGAAACAAACGCUCUAGGAAUUUAUUGGCUGUGCGACACUGACAGCAUCGGUUACAAGACAAACGUAACACCUAUCAUUGGAGACGUCACAAAGAGGCAGCAAUUGUCCGAUGUGGCCAAAAUCUAUGACCCGCCGGGUCUACUAGCACCUGUCGUAGUUAAAGGUAAAGCUAUUUGUCAGCAGCUGUGGUUAUCGGGUGUCGAUUGGGACGAUCCCAUUCCUGAUCCACUUCAACAAGAAUGGCGACGCUUUAGAGACGAAAUGCCUCAAAUCAGAGAACUCAAAGUGCCCAGGUGGGUUGGAGCUGAGCCCAGUGUAUCCAGUUACCAACUGCAUGUAUUUUCUGAUGCCUCUACUGUGGCAUAUGCUGCUGUCGCGUACCUUCGUGUGGAAACUUCAGGUAAUGAUGUAAAAAUAUCAAUUCUAACCGCUAAGACUAAGGUGGCACCACUGAAGAAGAUAACCAUCCCGUGUUUGGAGCUAAAUGCUGCUCGACUCGCAGCGAAAGUAGCCGCCAAAGUGCUGUCAACACUGCAACUCCCAGCGAUUCGACUUUACUGUUGGUCGGAUUCCAAAACCACGCUCAGCUGGAUUCGAUCAAAUCCUGGUAAACACAAGCAAUACAUCAGCAAUCGUGUAACUCAAAUCCAAGAGUUAACACCAAUCAACGCUUGGAAGUAUGUACCUACUACAACGAACCCAGCCGACAUUGCAUCCCGGGGCAUUUUCCCGUCUCAGCUCGCAGGGUUGUCGCUGUGGUGGCGGGGACCUCCGUGGCUAAAUCGUCACUCAAGCACCUGGCCUGAACAACACAACGGUUCGACAGAUCCAGACGAAGAAUUAGUUCUCUCCCCAGUGACGAUUCCGGAAGAGUCCAAACCAACCAUGCUCACGACAUUGCUCCAAAAAUACUCGAAUCUCAACAAGCUAUUGACAGUCACAUCUUGGUGUCAGCGUUUCCUUGCCGCACUGAUGAAGCGACCCCAUGAAACAACUCUAUGGUGCACUGUGACUGAAAGAACCGCGGCCUUGCAAUUCUGGAUAAGCAAACCGACUUGCCAGAAGAGCAAGCUCCUCAAAUUGAACCCAGUUUUGGAUGACGAUGGUAUUUUGCGUUUAAACGGGCGGUUGAAGAACGCAAACAUGCCUUUCUAUGAACAGUUUCCAUGCUUGUUACCGAAACAGGAUCCUCUGUGCACGUUACUGAUCAGUCAAGCGCAUGACUAUACGUUGCACGGCGGCGUUCAAUCGACUCUCAACUUUAUAAGAAGAAGAUACUGGAUUAUUGACGCUCGUUCGUCAAUCAGACGAUUCAUUCAUCGUUGA